AUGCUCUUCGCUGGUUAUUACGGCUUUCGUUUCUCUGUUGGUAUGUCUGAAACCGUGCCUGCAGCUUCUGCCGGUGCUGUUCCAGCCGCUAUGGAGAAACUUCUAACCAAGAAGCGAGGGAAGAAGCCGGCUGGCUUGACAAGUGCAAGUAGCAAAGUGCCGAACCUCUCUGUGUCCAAGUUGAUCACUCAGGCCCUUUCAGUGUCACAGGAACGAGUAGGUAUGUCUCUGGCUGCGCUCAAGAAGGCACUGGCCGCUGCUGGCUACGACGUGGAGAAGAAUAACAGCCGCAUCAAACUGUCCCUUAAGAGCUUAGUGAACAAGGGAGUCCUGGUGCAAACCAGGGGUACUGGUGCCUCUGGUUCCUUCAAGCUUAGUAAGAAGGUCAUUCCUAAAUCUGCCAGGAGCAAGACUAAAAAGUCAGUUUCCGCCAAGACCAAGAAGCUGGUUUUAUCCAGGGACUCCAAGUCACCAAAGACUGCUAAAACCAAUAAGAGAGCCAAAAAGCCGAGGGCGACAGCUCCUAAAACAGCUGUUACGAGAGGGAGAAAGGCUAAAGGAGCCAAGGGUAAGCAACAGCAGAAGAGCCCAGUAAAGGCAAGGGCUGCGAAGCCAAAAUUGACCCAACAUCAUAAAGCUAAUAUUAGAAAGGCCACAUCUAAGAAGUAAAGAGCUUUCCGGGAGGCCGAUUUGCAAAGAACCCAAAGGCUCUUUUAAGAGCCACCCACAUUAUUUUAAGAUGGCGUAACACUGGAAACUUAAGUUUCUGUGACAGUUACCUGUAGGUUUAAGUUGUGAUGCAGCUGAGUUGAAGUCUUGAGGUUGGAGAAUUAAUUCAGGCCAGGCUUCAAGACCAUCCUGGAACAUAGCCGGACUACCAUCUAUACCAGGGGUUCUUAUUCCCCCGGCCACCGACCGGUAACUGGUCCCUGUCCGUGGCACGUUACGAACUGGGCCGCACAGCUGAGGGACUGGAGUACAGUGGCAACAUGAUGGCUCAUGGUAGCCUACACUUCCCCGGAAUCAAGUGAUCCUCCCACCUCAACCUCCCAAGUAGCUGGGACUACAGUUCAGGCAGCUCAGCAAUGGCCUGUGAUUCCAGCAAUUCAAAUAGCUGGUAAGUAGUUUCUUGUUUGUUUUCUCAAAUUUUCAGGGGCUUUUCUCUACAAGCGAUUUCCAGUUCACGCACCUCCACCCAUUCUUUAUUCCUUUACCGUCAGGAAAACCCUCAGCCCUGCAUCUCUGGUCACCGGACCACCGUGGUAUGUUUACCUAUGGCCACCAGGUGUCACCCUUCUCUUUACUACCAUGGUUUGUGAAUGGUUUUGCCAGGGGUGAAUAAGAAAGAAUUUAAAAUGCAGGUCUUUGAUUUUUCAAAUGUAGUUGAUCUUAAGAAUUUAUGAAUAAAGCCAGAAAAAUUAAGCUUAAAAAACACCGAAAGAAAAUGAGGACUUAAAAUUUCUAUUAAAAAAAUUAACAGGCCACAGUUGCUGAUGUUUAGUAAAUGUGUUACCGAAAUGUGUUACUGUGAAGACUGGGGUGUUUCUUGAAAUCUCAGCCCAGGUGAAAUAAAACCAAUAUAAAACAAAUGCUUACCUAAUGAAUUAAUUGUAACAUAUUCUUUAUGAGGUAGAAGAGUAAGUGAAGCCUUAUAGCAGUCUGCUUUCAGUAUACUACAAUAUUAAGAGAGAAAGAAUUUGUCAUAUGCUUUCAGAAUGGUUUGUUGGUAAAAUAACCAGUGCCUUACAACUUAGACGACAAUGUCCCUAGAGUGAAGAAACACAAUUAAUUCGGCUACCACAGUUGAAUGAAAAUAUUCCGUAAGACAAAAUGUAAAGAAAUUAGAAGCAAAAUAAAUGUCUCCAAAAUGACAAAGCGAUUAAGUAUAUACACAGGAUGAACAAGAACAUCAAUAAAAUCAUGCAGUAUACAAUACAAUGUAAAUUUAUUAAAGUAUAUGCAUUUUUAAUGCAACAAUAAUACUAACAGGUAAUAGACAAGCUGUUAAUAGUUUAUCACUGGCUAAUUAAAUAACAGCUUUAAUUGUAUUCAUUUUAUAGCUUUUCUACAAUGAGCAUAAAUCACAUUUACUUUUUUCUACAUAACUUUUCUAACC